UUUUUUUUUUUUUUUGAAUGGAGUCUGGGGGAGUGUAUGUAGGGGGGGAGGAAAGAGAGGAGAGGAUGAAUGUGUCAUAAACACGGAUAAUUUUGCAGAGGCCAGUGAGUGCACGUUUUCAGCAAUGCGAUGAGGCCAAUGCACUUUGCGAGAGUUGCGCUGCAGAGAGCCUCCGCGGAUCCCACGACCUGUUGCUGACAAGCCGGGGGGGGGAUAAGGAGAAGCAGACGGAGAAGUCGGGGUGGAGGGAGAAAGCCGCGCCGCGCCGCUCGGCAGAGACGGAGGGUAGGGUACUGCCUUUGGACGGACUCUGCGUGCAGGAAAUCAUGCAUCUUGCAAUCUGGCUGGUUGGACUAACGUGUCAUUUGUCAGCGCUCGCCAGGGAAACUCUGCGGUACCGGUUGCAUCCGAAACAAGAGAGCCUCGUCAAGCAGCUGUCAUCGUAUGAAAUCAUCACUCCGCUCCGAGUGAACGACUUCGGAGAAUCGUUCCCGCACAAGCUGCACUACAGGAGGAGACGGAGGAGUUUGAGUGAUGACCUGUCGGGCUUGCGGCUUCUCUACCGGAUCGACGCGUUCGGGGAACGCUUCCACCUCGACCUGAGCGCGGACUCCAGCUUCAUCGCCCCGUCCUACACCGUGACUCACUUGGGAGCGGAGCGGAGCGGCGACGCGGACUCGCACUCCCACGACCCCGGCGACAUGCGGCACUGCUUUUUCCGCGGGCACGUCAACGCGAAGAGCGAGCACCCCGCUGUGUUCAGCCUGUGCACCGGCCUGGUUGGAACAUUUACGACGCAGCACGCCGAGUACUUCUUGGAGCCACUUUUGAACGUGUCUGACGCGGAGUACGAAGAAGAGCACAACAAACCGCAUCUCGUCUAUCGCCACGAGAGGAGACGAAACACCUCGCAUCCCGAUGAACCCUGUGCUGCCUCCGGAAACUCCAAGAGGUCGGCCUCUUUUGAGCGCAGAGGGAAUAUGGCUGAGGAGCUGGAUUCUCUUACAGCCACAAUCAACCAGCGUCACAUUGAUGAAAACGGCAGCAGGCGAGAUGGCACGACCACCCCGCGGCGGCGCAAGCGCUUCCUCUCCUACCCCCGCUACGUUGAGCUGAUGGUGACGGCAGACGCCAAAAUGGCCCGUCACCACGGACACAACCUGGAGCACUACAUCUUAACAAUCAUGUCAGUAGUAGCAGCAGUGUACAGGGACCCCAGUGUAGGGAACCUCAUUAACAUCAUGGUCGUCAAGCUAGUCAUCAUCCACAAUGAGCAGGAAGGACCCACAGUGAGCUUCAACGCUGCCACCACUCUCCACAACUUCUGCGUCUGGCAGCAGAGCCAGAACGUCCAGGACGACAGCCAUCCUUCUCACCACGACACUGCGCUUCUCAUCACCCGGGAAGACAUCUGCCGUGCAAAAGAUAAAUGCGACACUUUAGGACUUGCAGAGCUCGGCACCAUGUGCGAUCCGUUCCGCAGCUGCUCCAUCAGUGAAGAAAACGGAAUUAGUGCCUCUUUCACCAUCGCUCAUGAGCUGGGCCAUGUGUUCAACAUGCCUCAUGACGACAAUCCCAAGUGCAGAGAGGCGGGCAUGAAGCACCAGUAUCACGUCAUGGCUCCCACCCUCAACUAUGACACCAACCCCUGGUCGUGGUCCAAGUGCAGUCGCAAAUACAUCACCGAGUUUCUAGACACUGGAUACGGGGAGUGCCUCCUGGAUGAGCCCGUCGGCAGAACGUAUGAGCUUCCCACACUCCUGCCCGGCCAGAUAUACAACGCCAACAAACAGUGCGAGCUGAUGUUUGGGCCUGGCUCCCAAAUUUGCCCCUAUAUGAAACAGUGCAAAAGGUUGUGGUGUACGAGUGCAGAGGGGGACCACAAAGGCUGUCGCACACAACACAUGCCCCUGGCUGACGGGACUGAGUGCGGUCAUGGAAUGUAUUGCAAACAUGGGAUGUGCAUAAACAAGGAGCUGGACAUUCAGCCUGUGAAUGGGGAGUGGGGUCCUUGGGGGCCCUACAGCGUUUGCUCCAGGUCGUGCGGUGGAGGAACGAGGAGCACCACCAGAGACUGCAACAAACCUGAGCCCAGAAACGGCGGAAGAUUCUGCGUGGGCCGCAGGAUGAAGUUCCGCUCCUGCAACACUGAGCCGUGUCCGCGGGAAAGGAAGGACUUCCGGGAAGAGCAGUGCUCUCAGUUCGAUGGCAAGCACUUUAAUAUCAACGGUCUACCUCCCGCCGUCAGAUGGGUCCCCAAGUACAGCGGCAUACUAAUGAAGGAUCGCUGCAAGCUCUUUUGCCGGGUCGCCGGCACUAUGGCUUACUAUCAGCUGAAGGACCGCGUGGUGGAUGGCACUCCGUGUGGUCCAGACACUUACGACAUCUGUGUUCAAGGCCUCUGCAGGCAAGCAGGCUGCGACCAUGUUCUCAACUCAAAGGCAAGGAAUGACAAAUGUGGAGUGUGCGGUGGGGACAACUCCUCAUGCAAAACUCUGGCGGGGACUUUCAACGACGCCCAGUACGGCUAUAACACAGUCGUACGGAUUCCAGCCGGAGCCACCAACAUUGACAUCAAACAGGUUAGCUACUCUGGAAAACCAGAAGAUGACAACUACCUCGCUUUAUCUGAUGGACAGUCUAACUUCCUCCUGAAUGGGAACUUUGUGGUGGCAAUGUUCAAAAGGGAAAUCACCUUCAAGGGAACGGUCAUCGAGUACAGCGGCUCGGAUGCAAUAGUUGAGCGCAUCAACUGCACGGACCGCAUCGAGGAAGAGCUAAUUUUACAGGUCUUGUGCGUGGGAAACCUUUACAACCCAGAUGUGCGUUACUCCUUCAACAUACCCAUCGAGGAGCAAAGGGAGCAGUUUGUGUGGGAUCCCUCGGGCUCCUGGCUUGAAUGCAGCCGCCUUUGUCAAGGUGAGAGACGACGGAAGGCAGUGUGCAUUAGGGACAGCGAUCACCUUGAAGUAUCCGAUCAACGCUGUGAACAUUUACCUCGCCCCGUUGCUUUUACUGAGCCCUGCAACACUGACUGCGAAGUCAGAUGGCACGUCGCUGGAAAGAGUGAGUGUUCGGCGAAAUGCGGCCCCGGCUACCGCAGCCUGGAUGUUCAGUGUAUGAAGUAUAGCCAGAUGAAGAGUCGGAGCGAGAGGAUGGAGGCUAGCGUCUGCAGCGACAUCGCCAAACCUCAGACGAGGGAGACCUGCCACGGGGAUUGUCUGCUUAAGAGCUGGCAGUACAGCGCAUGGUCGCAGUGCUCUAAGACGUGUGGACGUGGGAUUCGUAGCAGAGAGUCUUACUGUCUGAACAACCUGGGCCGGCGGUUGGUGGACAGAGAGUGCAGCGACUACGAGAGGGUGGUGACCGAGUCCUGCAGCGAACAGCCGUGUCCAAAGUGGACAGUCAGUGAGUGGAGCGAGUGUCUGGUGACUUGUGGGAAAGGAAUGAGACACCGCCAAGUGUCCUGCACUACGGGAGCUGGCGAGGAAACGCUGAGCGAACAUUUCUGUGACCCAUCCAGUAAACCUUCCACUGUGGGGAGCUGCAAACUCCCCGAGUGUGCAACGUGGCAGGUCGGCGUCUGGGGAGCGUGUGCAGUGACCUGCGGACAUGGGUACCAGAUGAGGGCUGUGAGAUGCGUCUCAGGGGACUACGGAGACUCGGUAGAUGACAGAGAGUGCAACGCUGCAGCGAGGCCCAGAGACAGUCAAGACUGUGAGAUGCCCACAUGUCCACGGACCUCUGCAUCUCAAAUGACACCUCGUCCUGACAACACUGUUCAGCUUGUGACUCAGUGGAGAUUCGGCUCCUGGACUUCUUGCUCUGUGUCGUGUGGCAAGGGGAAGCGUGCGCGUUACGUCAGCUGCAGAGACGCUCAGGGCGGAGUGGCUGACGAAUCGUACUGCGCUCACCUGCCGCGCCCCCCAGAGUUCUCCACCUGUUUCAGCCCCUGUGGUCAGUGGCAAGCUGGAGAAUGGUCUGCUUGUUCGGUGACAUGCGGCGUCGGACGGACCACCAGACACGUGGUCUGCUCCAACUACCACCAGCCAGUGGACCAGUCUUUCUGCGAUCCCGACGAAAGGCCCGCAGCCGAGCAAGAGUGCACGGCUGCUCCCUGCCCCUCCGCCUACAACCGUCAGCACAUUUACGAACAACCAUAUGGAUAUCCUCAGGAUCCAGGACGUCAUCCGGGACACAGCAGCUGGAACGUCCCGUCUGCAGACAACCAGUGGAGGACAGGACCGUGGGGCGCAUGCUCCAGCACCUGUGCGGGAGGCUUCCAGAGACGAGUGGUGGUCUGCCAGGACGCCGAUGGGCGGAGCAACAGCUACUGUGAUGAAAGGGUCAAACCUGCCGAGUCCAAGAGCUGCGACUCCGGGCCCUGCCCUCUGUGGAACUACGGGGUCUGGGGAGAGUGCACCCAGACUUGUGGUGGAGGGAGGAAGACUCGCCUAGUGGUGUGUCAAAGGCCCAGCGGGCAGAGACUCAACGACUACAACUGUGACGUCCUGGACAAGCCGCCUGACAUGGAGCAGUGCAACCUCCAGUCCUGCCCAGGCGCUGCGUCCUGGCAUCGCCGACCGUGGAAGCCGUGUUCAGUGAGCUGUGGCCGCGGCACCAAGCAGCGGGAGAUAGCCUGUGUUUUCCAGAACCAAACCCAAAUAAAGGAUGCGUACUGCAGCCAUCUGACUCGGCCGCGCGCGCAGAAGGCCUGCCGAGCUCGAGGAUGCCCUGCCUGGAAAGCCAACAGGUGGCGGGAGUGCUCUGUCACCUGUGGAUCUGGAGUUCAGGAGCGAGAUGUUUAUUGCAGACUCAAAGGUUCGGGACAAGUCAGAGAAGACCUCUGCAGUCCUCACUUACGUCCUCCAGCAGUCCAAGUGUGCCAAACAGCAGAGUGCACACGUUACACCUGGGUGGCGGAUGAAUGGGAACGGUGCAACGCAACGUGUGGGGAAGGGAUGAAGAGAAGAAAGGUGAGAUGCGUCGGCCCUGGUCCCACACCUGCCCACGAUGACCACUGUGGACCGUCUACCAGGCCUCCAUCCCUCCAUCACUGCAGAGAGGAGCCCUGUCACUACACGUGGAUAGCAGGGGAGUGGUCACAGUGCUCCGCCAGCUGUGGCGUCGGCUACCAGCAGCGUUUUGUCUCCUGUUCUUUGAUGCCCUCCUCUUCGCACUCCCAGCGUUUCCACACUCAGAAGUCCUCUGCAGGAAAAAUCUGCCCUGAACCUCACCCUCCUGCCACUCAGCCGUGCCUCCUCAGGGAGUGCCCUCACACCUCCUACUGGAAAAUUGGCCCUUGGUCCAAGUGUUCGCUGACCUGUGGGGCAGGAGUGAUGGAGCGUAGGGUGGAGUGUGUGACUUCCGAGGGGCAAAUGUCUAAACACUGCCGUCCAUCAGACAGACCUGAACCGCAAGCUGCGUGUCAAGAGAGACAAUGCCAGGUGUUCACUUCUUGCCGAGACAUUCAGCGGAACCAGGGUGUGAGGAUGGAUGGGGAAUACUAUCUUAAGGUCAAGUUUCGGACUCUGCAGAUUUACUGUGCUGAGAUGCAGAAGGAUUUCCCGAAGGAGUACGUGACACUGCGCAGCGGUCAGACUGACAACUACUCGGAGGUGUACGGCCACAGGUUGAUCAACCCCUUCGAAUGUCCUUACAACGGCAGUCGCAGGCAGGACUGUGACUGCAGAAACGACUAUUCAGCAGCAGGGUACACGCUCUUCCACAAAGUUCGCCUGGACCUGAACUCCCUUCGGAUAAUGAUCACAGACCUCCAGUUUUCCCAGACUAUUCACGGGCGGCCUGUCCCAUUUGCUACAGCAGGAGAUUGCUAUAGUGCAGCCAAGUGCCCACAGGGCCAAUUUAGUAUCAACCUGAUUGGAACGGGCCUUAAAGUGGCUCCAAACACCAAGUGGACAUCUCAAGGGAACUAUGUUUCGGUCAAAGUCCACAGAUCUGAGGACGGAACAAGAAUUUACGGCCGCUGCGGUGGUUUCUGUGGGAAGUGCAUUCCCCACGCUCAUAAUGGUCUUCUCCUCCAAGUUCACUGAGAGCCAAGUCGAAAACAAAUCUCUAAAUUCAGUUUGAUGACAGUGGGCCAGGAACACACAAUAAGAGUCAUUUGUUGGAUCCAGUCGUCGGCUGUGAGCACGGAGGAGGGGCGUCAGCUGUGACAUCUCCGGUUCCCAGAUAGCAGCUAAAGGAUACACAACACAGACCACUAAUGCUGCAUGCUGUCACCGUUAAGUGUUUCCUUAAAACUGAAGACGAGCCAGCUUUAUUUGCUUGCUAGCCAUUUUGCUGCGGCACGUUUUGUGGUUUGGAAAUGUAUUUUCUGAUGUAAUUAUAUUACCAAGGGAGUCAGGGCCUGUUGGUCACCGAGGGUGGAGGGCAUGCAAGAACUCGAAACAAGGAAAACAGCUUCAUGUUCUCUCUUAUCAAGUUAAAUAUGUUCAUCUUAAAACAGCCUUUUCUGAAUUUUAAUUCUGUUCCUUCUGGCAACAUUUUGCAGGAAGCGUAAUAGACUGAAAUAUUAAGAAAUUAAUGAUUCUCUCGCUGUGCUACAUAAUGAGAGUAAAUGAAUGACCACUCUGAGACAAUAUACAACUAUUGUUAUUACAGGAUGGGCCAUAAGUUUCCAUACAUAGGAGAAUGUAAAAUGUAUAUUUCUUUUGUAUUUCAAAUGCCCAAGAAGAUGCGUUUGACAAAAGAGCAAAGAAUUGAAAUUAUACUUUUGGCUGGAUCGGGACGCAGUCGCAUGGUUGCACAAAAUUUUCACAGAAAACGGAACGAGCAUCACAACACGACACUGUUGCAAAACUUACUUGCAAGUUUUAGAAAACUGGAAAUGUUGCAGUUCAACCACGAAGUGGUCCAAGAUGUCCACAAAAACAAAAAUGUUUAUUUUUUCUAUGUAUGGAAAAUUUUGUCCCACAUUGUAUUAUCCAUAUGUAACUUGAGACAGUAAAUCUCUAGACUUUUUUAAAGUAACCAAGUACUGACGGUGUUCCUGACCUGCCUCACAUCAGAGGUCAAAGUUUAGAUGGACAUUUUUUUGAAGAACUUUAUAUUUUGAUUGCAUUGCUGCCUAUGUGUUCCUACUACAGUUUGUGAUCUAUCUUUAGUCGUUAUUGGCACUGCUGGUAAAAAUGUAUAAUAAAAAAGAACAUAUUAGGAUUUAAGAACAAUAAUCAGGCAAAACAAAGUCCCAGUCCAGCUAAAAUGAUUAAAAUAAUCGCCAUGAAUAUAUCCUUGGAAACUCUGCAGCUGUAAACAAACUCAAUAGUGUCACAUUUAACUCUCUCACUAAUGACAUUUUGGACUCUGCAGUCUCUAAUAUUUGAUUUCCUUUUCUUUGCGGGGACACAUAGUUGAUCACAAUCAAAGUUUCUCCCAAUUUUCUGGAAAUAGUUAAAAUAAUUAAUUUAAUUAAAUAACAAGCUAGACAUAAAACUGACUUCAUUCCAUGUCUGUCUCAGUCAUCGGUUCUAAAUCCUGCAGAGGACCCCUUAGAGGGGACCUCUGACCUUUCACACAGGUCAGAGGUCCUUUUCUCUGUAUGUUCCAACCUCCUAAGGAUUAUGCCCCGGGUAAUAAAAGAUGAUUUAUACACAUCUUUACCUUGGUUGCCAAUAAAUGCGCUCAACACCUCACUACUGAAUGUCACUGAGAGUCACAUUGACAUGCUAAUUGUUUAGGUAAAUGCCUUUGCUAUGAGCGGAAACCCAGAUCAUUUCUUAGAGUAAAAGCUCAGUGUAAAGGUUGUUAUUUCAUUGCACAAGUUCUCAUCUUUUACUGUACAUGACACAGUCAGGUAUGGCAUCUCAGCCACUCUGUUUGGCCUGCUCCAAGUCCUCACAACCCUACCUCUCACAAGCAUAUGUACUCUGAACUGUGUUGUAUCAUAUUUAUGUUCAACCAUAUUUAUUCUAUACUGACCUGUGAACAUGUUUGUCAUUUGAUACAAUGACUACUGCCACAAGAAGAGACGUUGUCUGCUUUGUAAGAAGGUGCUCUGAUGACGUAUUGCAUAACCACUAACCUUAAAGUACUAAGAUUUUUAACUACUGGAAUUACAUCCGAUUUAAAAAUGGAAAAGUAGGGUAACUCUUUCUGUGGCAGAGCCUCUUUUGUUUUAACCGGCAGAGUUAGAAAUGUCUUGAAAUGUCUGAUGUACGAACUGCUUGCAAAGCAGUUCAGAGUACUGAUAUCAACGCGGGAUUCUUAGACAUACCAGACGAACUUGUCCCAUGGGAAAUCUCCCCCUGCGGGCGACGUGAGCUCCUCAUCCACAACUGUUACAGUGACAACCAUCAUGUAGUUUAACACACUGGCAUGCAGAUGCUGAGCUUUUAACCAAAGUUGGGAAACAGAUCCAGACUAUUGUCUCCUCAGACAGUGCAGCUUCCUCUGAUUUAAAGAACGGCUGACGAUGAUAAAAGUCGGCGAGCAGCUAGAAAACCUUUGGCUGGCGUCCAUUUUUAUUUAUUUUUUUUUUAUGACUGCCAAUUGUACUAUGAGAUCUGUAUCAGAAGUUCAAGAAUACUUUAUGCACUAUGUGCCAUUAACUUUGUAGAAAUGUAAUCUUGUAUGUCUUUUUUGUAAUAACCAUUACACUGUAACUUAUAUACGUGUGUGUGUGUGUGUGUGUGUAUGUGUGUGUGCGUUUAAUAUUCAAUACUUGAAUUGUAAACAUUGUGUGACCUACUCAGUGGGCAUUGGUACUGAACUGAGAAAUGUUGACUUUGCUUGUCUUGCUUUAUCCAAAGAUGUUUUUAAGAAUCAUAUGUAUAUAUAGUGUGCAUGUAAGUAUAUAAACAGUAUGUAUGAAUGUACGUAUGGAUGAUAAGAGGUGAAUGCUGCUCAUAAGACAUACAUAAUUGUGGUGCUAUGUAUGGUUACUAAUCAUACAGUUACUGUAUGUGUCAUUAUACUAAAACAGGAAGGAGAAACUGAAAAAUAAAAUGUG